AUGCCGUCCCAGGAAGUUGCGCGAUGGAUGCGCACCGUGACGUUGGGCUGAGAGGCGCAGGUACCUACACUUCCGUUUCCGGUUUGUGUCCGACGCUAUGGCGACCGCCAGGAAACUGAGGUUCUUACUGACAGUGGGCCGAACGUGCCGCAGCGGGGGAGUAGCUCUCCAGCCCCGGGCGCUCGCCACCCUUGUGCCCGGCGUGACCCAGGUGGAUAACAGGUCCGGCUUUCUGGGGAAGAUGCCCCAUCGUCGGCACCCCGGCAUCCUGCAGCUGCCGCACGUGCGGCUGCCGCGGGCCCUGGCCAGCGCCGCGCAGUUGCUGCUGCUUGAGAGGACAAUGCCCAACAUAGAAAAGCAGGUGCAAGCCCUGACCAAUUAUCUCUGGAGCCGACAUUUGCCUGUAGAACCAGAGGAGUUACAGAGACGGGCUAUGGAUCUUGAGAAAAAAUUCCUGGAAAAUUCAGACUCACCUCAGACAGAGGAGAAACUUUGUGAAAAAGUACUGCAUGCCCUGCGCAGAACUACCUACCAUUGGCAAAAACUGAGCUACAAUGAAGAACUAAGCCUUGUAUAUAUGGCAGCAAGACUGGAUGGUGGCUUUGCAGCAGUCUCCAGGGCUUUCCAUGAGAUCCAGGCUCGAAUUCCAGAGUUCCAGCCACAAACCUUGAUGGACUUUGGCUGCGGUACUGGUUCUGUUACCUGGGCUGCUCACAGUAUGUGGGGCAAGAGUCUACGUGAAUAUGUGUGUGUGGACUGCUCUGCUGCCAUGUUGAGUUUGGCAGAAAAGCUACUAAAAGGUGGUUCAGAAUCAAAGGAGCCUCAUGUUCCAGGUGUCUUUUUCAGACAGUUUCUACCUGUAUCACCCAAGGUACAAUUUGAUGUAGUAGUAUCAGCCUUUGCCCUUAGUGAACUACCCAGCAAGGCUGACCGAACUGAAGUGGUUGAAACCUUGUGGCGCAAGACGAGCCAUUUUCUGGUAUUAGUGGAGAAUGGAACAAAAGCUGGACACAGCCUUCUUAUGGAUGCCAGGGACCUGGUCCUUAAGGAAAAAGAAAAGUCACCUUGGGACCUUCAGCCUAGUUUUGUCUUUGCCCCAUGUCCCCAUGAACUUCCGUGUCCUCAGUUGACAGCCUCUACGCCCAUGGCCUGUAGCUUCUCUCAGGCUUAUCAUCCCAUCCCCUUCAGCUGGAACAAGAAGCCAAAGGAGGAAAAAUUCUCUAUGGUGAUUCUUGCCAGGGGGUCUCCAGAAGAAGCUAAUUGCUGGCCCCGUAUCACUCAGCCUGUCCUUAAACGGCCCCGCCAUGUGCAUUGUCACCUCUGCUGUCCAGGUGGGCACAUGCAGCAUGCUGUCAUCACAGCCCGCCUCCAUGAGGGAUUUGUAUCGCUGUGCCCGUGUCAGCGCCUGGGGAGAUCUUUUACCUGUGAUAACUCCAUCUACAUCUCCUGCAGCCCCUACUGAAGGUCCUCCUGAGAGUUGACAAGAAUGUGGACAAGCAAAACAUUUUCUUCCAUCACACCUGCCAAGGCUAAUGCUACCUGGUAUCCAGGAAGGGAGUUCUGGUACUCCUGCAUAUCUGUGUUUAAAGUUUGAAUAAUAAUAAACUUUUAAU